CCUGUUUCUAUCGCUUUCCACCGUGGAACGGUGAUUGGACAACAACGAUCCGCCGAGAGAUGAGUGACAAGUAGCUCCUGUAAAUUGAAGCCCUUGAACUUCAAUUCCCAUAAAAUGAUUUCCUGUUGCUGCACCAGAAUUCCAAUUGCGUUGUUCUGCAAAAAGGCUGCAGUAGACUACACUUUUACGAGUAGUAUAUUUACUUUGGCAUCACAUUCAUCGAUCUUGCGGUCUCUUGAAGCUCGUAAACGGUUUACUGGGAAAAGAUUCUGUUCAGCAUAUUUAGUGAUGGGUGGGGAUUCAAGUUCAAAAGAAUGCACCGCUAGUGGUGAGGUGAAUGCCACGUCAGUUUCCCAUAGGACUUAUCAGGUAGUGGUGGCUGCAACUCAAGAUAUGGGUAUCGGAAAAGAUGGUAACUUGCCAUGGCGAUUGCCCGGUGAUCUUAAACUUUUCAAAGAUAUCACCAUGAAUACAUCAGAUUGCAAUAAGAAAAAUGCUGUGAUUAUGGGGAGGAAAACUUGGGAAAGUAUUCCCCAAAAGUUUCGACCUUUGCCCGGUCGUCUCAAUGUUGUGCUGACGCGUUCUGGAAAUUCUGAUAUUGCCGCUGGUUCUGAUAAUGUUAUUUUAUGUGGAAGUGUUUCAUCAGCUUUGAAAUUGUUGGGAGAGCCCCCCUAUGGUUCGUCCAUAGAGAAGGUUUUCCUGAUAGGAGGUGGUCAGAUUUUGAGGGAAACCCUUAAUGCCGAGGAUUGUGAUGCUAUCCACAUAACUGAAAUCAAGAGUCAUUUUGAAUGUGACACAUUUAUACCUCCUAUUGAUACAUCAGUUUACCAGCCAUGGUACUCAUCCUUCCCCAUUGAGGAGAAUGGGAUCAAUUACUGUUUUGUGACAUAUGUGCGACUAAAAACUUCGAAUAGGAAACCUGCCGAGUGUGGACAUGAUAUGAAUUGCAAUGGCAAUAGUUCAUCACAUUCCAUAAAGCCCAAACUUUCAGAUUUCUCUUUGCUUCCGAAGAUUAUUUUUGAGAAACAUGAAGAGUUUCUCUAUUUGAGACUGGUUCACGAUAUUCUUUCGAAUGGGAACAAAAAGGAUGACCGCACUGGGACUGGCACUCUUUCAAAAUUUGGCUGCCAGAUGCGCUUUAACCUGCGGAAAUCUUUCCCUCUUCUUACAACAAAGAGGGUUUUCUGGCGUGGAGUUGUUGAAGAACUUUUGUGGUUUAUCAGUGGUUCAACAAAUGCUAAGAUUCUACAAGAAAAAGGGAUACACAUAUGGGAUGGCAAUGCAUCUAGAGAAUACCUCGACAGUAUUGCUUUGACAGACAGGGAAGAGGGAGAUUUGGGACCAGUAUACGGUUUCCAGUGGAGACAUUUUGGUGCUAGAUACACCGAUAUGCAUGCAGACUAUACAGGGCAAGGGUUUGAUCAGUUGCUAGAUGUGAUUAAUAAGAUUAAGAAUAAACCAGAUGACAGGCGUAUUAUUCUUUCUGCAUGGAAUCCUUCUGAUCUUAAGCUGAUGGCCUUACCGCCUUGCCACAUGUUUGGUCAGUUUUAUGUAGCCAAUGGUGAGCUAUCAUGUCAGAUGUAUCAACGCUCUGCUGAUAUGGGUCUUGGGGUGCCAUUUAACAUUGCAUCCUACGCUCUACUGACAUGCAUGCUCGCUCACGUUUGUGAUCUUGUUCCUGGUGAUUUUGUUCAUGUCAUUGGAGAUGCUCAUGUUUAUAAGACUCAUAUCAGCCCUUUGCAGGACCAACUUAAGAAACAUCCGAGGCCUUUCCCGAUACUGAAGAUCAACCCAGAGAAAAAGGAGAUUGAUUCAUUUGUUGCAGCUGAUUUUGAGCUUAGAAAUUAUGAGCCUCACCAGAAGAUAGAAAUGAAAAUGGCAGUGUAAAGAAAUUAUUAAAGUUGCAGCUGAUUUCGACUUGAUUGAUGUCUUGUCCACACACCUUGUUAUGUGCUUCAUUGUAAUACUACUAGCAUAAAGUAUUGACUACCCAACUUGCUAUCAUCA